GAGUACUAGUAAAGCCCAAAGCCCCAAACCCAAAUUUCAUUUUGAUAAACAAUAAAAACCUCCACAUUUCUCUCUUUUUCUGCGCAAAUGCUUUGAAUGAUUUGUUUCGAUCAAAUUCCAUGAAAUUCGUCUCUUUCUCCAUUCUCACUCCUCACUAGCCACGCCAAAAUAGCUUCAUCGAAGAGAGAGAAAAUCAAGAAAAGCUUGAAUCUGCAACAAUGGAGGACGAAUUGUUGAAGCGUAACACUGACUGUGUCUAUUUCUUGGCCUCUCCUUUCACAUGCAAGAAGGGUGUAGAGUGUGAGUAUCGGCAUAGUGAAAUGGCGAGGUUGAACCCACGGGAUUGCUGGUAUUGGAUGUCUGGAAAUUGCCUAAAUCCGACUUGUGCAUUUCGCCAUCCGCCCUUGGAAUCACAUAAUGUAGCACCAACUGAUGCUGCUCCACCUUUGCUGAAUCAGUCUUCUGUGUCUGCUACAAAGACGACAGUCCCGUGCUAUUAUUACUACAAUGGGUUUUGCAACAAAGGUGACCGAUGCCCAUUUCUGCAUGAACCUGGUGGGGCACUUGGUUUGAAUACAAAGAUGGCUAUUGCAGUUGAUGCAGCAGUGCAUCCUUUGGACAGUAAGACAUCUGGAAGAGCUGAAUCAGAGCUUAAACCUGCUGAAAAAUAUUUAAUUCCAUCAGAAAUGACAACAACGAGUGCCAGUCGAUUGCAGAAUGAGCAGAAACAGCAGCCUCAACACUAUGAUACUGCUAUUAUACCAGAACUAAGUACUGUAUCCAAACAAACUUAUAUUCCUGAACGUGAAGGGACAGUUGCUGUCAAAACAGGGACUUUGCAGCAUGUAGAACGCUCAAAUAAAAGUGAGUUUGAGCCUAGCUUGGAAUCUGACCAAAGUUCAGAGGAUCAAAUUGAUGGAAACAUUGUGCGAGAUGAGUGGUGUGAAUCAUCCCCUGGUUUCGAUGUUCUUGUGGAAGGAGAGACUGAAGAUAUGGUUUAUGAGGAUGACCCAGAGGAUAUGCGCUCCAUUGAUGGGAAUGAUGGAGGCAAUGAGCACCUAUUUUUGCCUCAUGGCUAUGCUCAUCAGGCUGAGUAUGAUGAAAAAGAGUACUUUGAUAAUGGUCUUUAUGAGCCUUCUGAAUAUAUUAAUGAUGAGCUGAGAACUGAUCUUCUUGAAUUCCCCUCUAGACACACACAGGAUAGAGGAGCAAGACGCACUGUGGCACGCAAGAGAAAUAUUUUGUGUGUGGAAACCCCAGUUGGUGGCCGCCAUGAUGUGGAUCUUCGAGACUAUUUGAGGAAACAGAGGAUGGUUGAUGGUUAUCUGGAGACACAUGACUUGAGGCAUGUAAGAGAUGGCAGGCAAGAGAAGCUUCAAAGGCAUGCUUCAAAUCAACGAGUACAUGGUCGACUAGCAUCUAAGGUGGAAAGACCUGGUGUUAGAUUGUCUAGGAGAAGGAAUUCUGCAGUUGAUGCAGAACAGCGAGGCAGAUCUAGGAAUUCACAACAUAAUGGCAACAGGCAGUAUAAUGGGAUGAGGUCACGGCAGUCUUUGUCCGAACGAAGGACAUACUCAAAGAGAGAGAGGUAUGCUCAAGAGUCCACAGUAUAUGAGUCCAAGAACCAUGAUGCUGUCAAAGUAGACAGAAAUGAGGGUCAUUUACACAAAAAUGGAUCUGCAGACUUUGAAGGUCCCAAACCUUUGAGCGAAAUCCUCAAAGACAAGAAGAAAAUGGCAUGAGCAGUAGCAUUUGACCUUUUCUGUUUAUGACAGGUGAGCUUACUGAUUUGAAGGUUCUGCUUUGAUGGCGUGGCUGCAAUCUACAAUAUCAAGAUAUUUUUUUUCUUAUUUUUUUCUUGUUUGCUAUAUUCUAGUCAAGUCUUGGCAAAUUACUUGCACUUCCUUUUUUGUUUUUAAAUUUUUUGGGGAUCUGGGGGUGUUUGUGGUUGCCUGUAAUGGCAGCAUUUUUUUCCGCCUCUUUAUUCAAUACGUUAAGAUUUCGGAAUUCCUUUUAUUCCACUUAGAUACUUGACCAGCUUGGCGGUCUCAUUGAAUCAUUGUGGGGCUGUAUGGUUUGCUUAUAAGGUACAACCCUGUAAAUAAGCUUAUGAUGAGUUUUUAGUAGCACAUUAAUGAAAUAGAGGAAGUAAUCGGUCGUUGAUUGUUUUAACAAGGUUA